AUGGGCCGCGCGCGCCGGCAGCUGGCGCCCCUUUCGCUGGCUAGCGGCGCUGCAUUCUUCUGGCGCUGGGUCCCCUCGGAGAAGAACUCGGCCGACCGCGCCUCCAGGAACCUGCCGGGCGUGGGCUACGCGGCCGCGGCGGCCGAUUCCUGCUUCCUCGGCGCAGCCGCUGGCCGCCCCGGCCCUGCGAGCGGGCACGGAGGGCCUGCUGGCGAGAGCUGGGCCGACAUCGGGCCCCCGCCCGGCCUCGAAGAGGAGGCGAGGCAGCCCCGUGGCGGGAGCUGGCGGGAUCAGCUCCUGCGGUCGUUCCUCGAGCUGAGGGCCGCGAAGGACAGGACCGUUUGGAGCUACCAGGUCCGAUACCGAGCUUUCCUGACCUGGUCGACAAAGGCGUGCCUGUCGGUGACGAGCGUCACGGACCUGGAGGUCGACUGGAUGGUGGCGUACGACUCCCUGGCCGCCGCCCGAACGGCCGCCCUGACUUCCGUCCUUGGCCUGGGGCCGUCGGAGACGCUGUCGUUGCGCGUCCAGCCAGUCGAGCAGUUGGUCAGGGCUGGUCCACAACAUCUGGGCAUGUACUCGAUCCUGCGGUUUCCUACGGAGCUCCGGAUGAUGUCGAAGGCCCUGGGCUACGACACCAGUCUCCAGGUGGGCAACCCAGAGUUCAGCGGGGUCGACCAGCUGCUGGAAUGCCUCGUGGGGAGACGUGCGGUCGACGCGCUCCUGUUCGACCUGGACAUGAGGCCCUGGGUGCGGGCGCUCCUGCAGCGUCCGACAAACGCUUGGACGUUCGGCAACAUCAAGAAGCGCAGGCAGUGGGAGGCCGUCAGGAGCCUCAUGCAGUACGCGAGGGAUGGUCAUGUUCAA